AUGUCGCCACCAACUUCAUUCAAGCUUAACACUGGGGCGGAGAUUCCCGCCGUUGGUCUUGGAACAUGGAGAUCAGAGCCUGGUGAGGUGCGCCAGGCAGUUGCGUACGCCUUGAAGGAUGGCUACCGCCACAUCGAUGCGGCUCUAAUCUACGGUAACGAGAACGAGGUCGGACAGGGGAUUAAAGAUAGUGGCGUGCCGCGUGAAGAUAUCUUCAUUACUAGCAAAUUGUGGAACACAGAUCAUCCCAAUGCCAAGGAGGGGCUUCAGAAGACACUCGAUGCUCUCGGCACUGAUUAUCUUGAUCUCUACCUCAUCCACUGGCCUGUCCGUCUUGUACCUAAUGAGUCUAGCAAACUUCUUCCCGUAAAUCCUGACGGAACCCGGUCUGUGGAUAGAUCCUGGCAACAGAGCGAGACCUGGCGACAGAUGGAAGAGAUUUACUCUUCCGGCAAGGUUAAGGCGAUCGGCGUUGCUAACUGGUCGAUUGCCUACCUGGAAGAGCUCCGCAAGACAUGGAGAGUCGUACCCGCAGUCAAUCAAGUUGAAUUGCACCCCUACCUACCCCAGCAUGAACUGAGGGAGUACUGCGAUAAGCACGGCAUCUUGUUGGAGGCGUACUCGCCGCUCGGUUCGACCGGUGCGCCCAUCAUGUCUGAUUCCGAGAUCCAGCAAAUCGCGGAUAAGCAUAAUGUCUCAGCUGCUACUGUUCUUAUCAGCUACCAUGCCUGCAAGGGCGUUGUUGCGCUCCCCAAGUCGGUCAGCGAGAAGCGGAUUACAAGCAACAGGCAAGUAGUUGUGCUUUUGGAGGAUGAAUUAAAGCUGUUGGACGGCCUUGCUGCCAACGGAAGAGCGAAGCGUAUUAAUACGCCUGUAUGGGGAUUCGAUCUCGGCUUUGCCGACUGGUACGGUCCUGUCUCAAACAAAUAG